CGGAAGCGGAUGGAAUUUCAUUCACCUCACUUCCGACACAACAUCUUAGGUUCCUUUUGUGUGUUUUUGCACUCUAAAAAGCUAUAACGUACCGUCUGAUACAUUCAAUGCUUUAGUCUACUUGUGUAGACCUACAAGGAGUGCAAAUUAAUCAUAGCUCUGACUACAAAACGUUAGCUCCAAGGGCAGGAUCAUGUCAGCGGAGCUGGACCUGUCACCCCCGGAGGUUCCUGAGCCGACCCUGCUAGAAAGCCUGCUCCGCUAUGGUCUGUUCCUGGGGGCUAUCUUCCAACUAAUAUGCAUCCUGGCCAUCAUAAUACCAUCUUCGAAGACACACGAACAGGAGUCUGAGGCUGGAGAUGGGAAACCCGCAGAGCCCAACAAGAAGGCUAAAGGACCUGCGCCUCAGAUUCGCCAGAAACUAAAGAAAGAGAGCAAGAAGAAGCGAUAGAGUGUUUGUGUGUGUGUGUGUGUGUGUGUGUGUGUGUGUGUGUGUGUGUGUGUGUGUGUGUGUGUGUGUGUGUGUGUGUGUGUGUGUGUGUGUGUGUGUGUGUGUGUGUGUGUGUGUAAGAACAUGAGAGAAAGAGAGUGCUUGUUUGUAUCUUCAGUGGUACGUAGAAUGUUAUUGUUCAUCAUCAUAAUCCUGUAAAUGUACUGUUAUUGGGGUUUGAAAAAAUAACCACAAGUUCCAGUAGAAUGACAGUCAACUGGUGCUCCAAACAAAGUCCUUAUGGCAUAGACAUUAUACAUCUUAAAUGUGCAUUUUACCUUGAAUUAUGGUUGUAUUAUAUGCAUACUCUGAAUUCCUAUGUAUGGUCAUUAAACAUUGGAAAUCACAAAU